AUGUCAUCCGAAAUACCCAAACCCCACUCUUCAUCCGAUGCUGACGAAAAGCAAAAGAGACUCAAGAAAUACGACAAAUUCAACACAAAUUCUCUUCGCCGUGACCUAUUACUGUCCAAGUUUGAUCGCACUUUGGUUGUAGAGAAGGCUAAAUUCGAGCCAACGAGCAACAGUGGCAGUGAGGACAACCUCAUCAUUCAGACGCAAUCAGCCCCAAUUAUACCAACACAGCACACGGACACCUUGCUGCCAAAGGUGGAUAUCCUACCGAACGAGGAGAACCAUACCCUCGAUGCGGAUAGCAGCAAUACCACCUCCUCACCACCUGCUCCUAUGCCAACGUAUGCAUUGACCAUGUCGCCCUCCGCACCUACGCUGAGUACUACGGGAAAUAGUAACAAUAGCAUGGCAUCGCUGCUGACGUCAAAUCCACUAACCACCUCGCAUUCCGUAAACGAUCAUAAAAGAAGGUUGACACCUGUGAAAAGUGAGAAUAAUGGUUCAAUACAAGCACCUACACCAAUGCGCCCAUCAACGAGUCUUCAAAAUAAUAGAAAAGUAAUGAAGAAGCAAUCGAAACCUGCCAUGAACGGCACUGCGAGUCCGGCCGAGGUCUUUCACAGAAAUCUAGUCGAUGCCGUUUCCAAUGUAGAAGAUUCUGAUGAGAAUGAGCACUAUGUAUAUCCUUACAGUGGAAAUGAAUCAAAUGCACCGGGCAUUCAUCGACCUCUUUCCGUUCGAUCUACGCCAGCAAGCUUAUUAGACUCAAAAAAGCGUUCAAGAAAGGGAUUCGGCGAGUGGCUAAGGCAGACGUUGUACAACAAACCUCCACAACCGCCAGUAGAUGAAGAGGAGGAAGACCUUUUUUGGUCCAGUGGAGAGCAACAGCAAUCGCAGCAAAGACGGCCAAAAUUAAGAAACCAUGUCAAAGACCAUCAGCAGCAGCAAUCAAGCAAAUCAAGUCUGCUCAAUCUAUGGCAUGACAGCUUCAACAAGAAAUACGUUAAUCCUUUAUCAAGGAAAUCAUCUACUAAAAAGUACUAUUCGACACAAAAGCACUCGCCUCCGUAUAUAGGACAUGGUAACAGAAAUGGCGGAUACACCAGUGAUGAUGAAGAAGCGCCCUUAUUAUUGAGACGACAAAAGCGAUCAUUUUCAAAGCCGAAAAAGACAUGCACACAUACACUUCAAAACUUGGUCUUGUCGCUUAUUUUGCUAGUGAUUCUGCUGCUGCUCAUGGUAGUCUAUAAAGCACAGCCCUUGAUGGAACUAUCGGUCGAUAUGGGCCGAGUGCUGGCAACUGACAAGGAGCUCAUUUUCGAUCUAAAAGUCAAGGCAGAUAAUUGGAAUUGGUGGACAAUCCACGUCGCUGAUGCGGAUAUAAGCGUGUUUGCAUUCAGCCAGAUUGUGCCCAGCAGCAACAUCAUUGUCACUGCCAUGAACUCGAGCACGAUUAGAGGAGUGGAUCCAGCCGAAUACUUGGGCGGUUUGACACAUUUUGAUGAGCCACUAUCAAUACCUUCAAAUCGAUUUCAUAGUGACAACUCUUUGGAAGCUAUCAGUCAAAUUCGCAUCAAAUCACCUGGGGCUGACACGGCCGGUAAUGAGAGAUGGUCCAGGAUGAUCCGAUACCCCUAUGGACUUGUCGUCCGAGGCGUGCUCAAAUAUAAGCCCAUACCUUUCAUGUUGGGCACAUAUCCACAGUCAGUCGCUAUAUGCAAUGUCACUCAAGUAGAUCCAACCACCGGAGCAGUGUCAACGUCUCCAGAUAAAACCAUUUGCGCCAGUGAAGACAAAUAA